GCGUCACUCCCUUAAGGUGUCUCACCUGUACUCGUCGUGACACCAGAGUCUUGCGAGAAGCGAGACGAGACUUGUGACGUCGGGGGGUUACCUGUCUGGCAGGAAUCAAGGAGCGGGGUGUAAACGGCUAUGCAGGACGUUUAAGCAGCGAUCCGGGACUGCGGCCUGUGUUAAGAAAAGCAGCACAGUCGAGCGGUCCUGCAUGUGUAGCAAUGUCCCGACCCAACCCGGUGGCUGCCACACGUGGCCGGACAUCACCCCUUAAUAACCAUUCUUCAGCCCAUCGAACCUCAGCAACGCCACCGGCAAACAAGUCUACCUCCAGACGAAAGAGCCCCCCAGAAGACAUAACGUUCAUUUCAGGUUCUGCUGAAUCUCCUCCCGAGGAGCCACCCUGCUGCCCUUCACUCUGCGGAGCAUGGGCUGCCUAUAAAGCUGUUUUGUGUUAUGUGGUAUCUUGCAGUCGCUGCCUUCAAAAAGACCCUGAUAUAUAUAUAACAUACCCCCUGGAAGUCAGGGAUAUCGGACCCCACAAUGGUCAUUCUGCUGGAAGCCCUCAUCCGCCCCGUGCUAUUGAAAGGGGCAAGAAAGCUGGGCUUGGUAACAGCUUUAGUUAUCCAGAUGUUAAGCUAUUGGGGGUUCCUGUUUACAACAAGCAGCCAUGUCCAGUCAAAACAGAAACAGAUGCUACAAAAGACUACACCACUUCUGUUUCACAGCUUGCCCCUCGUACCUCCGCAGGUGACUACUAUUCAUUGCAGGAGUCUGAUCCUGAACUUUCAAGGUGGAGCAGCUCCAUGUCCAGUGCAGAAAUAGAUGUGUUGAUAUGGCACAAGCUGACUGAACUGUUCAGUCUCCAUCAAAUUGAUGAACUAGCAAGGUGUACCUCAGAAACUGUUUUCUUGGAGAAGAGCGGCAUGAUAACAGAUUUGAUUAAUAGCCUGACACAGGAUUACCAACUGGAAGAGCAGGAUGCAGAAUGUCGGCUGGUGCGAGGAAUUAUUCGUAUCAGCACUCGUAAAGUUCGUCAACGUGGGGGAGAAAAGGGCUAUGGAGGCCAGCAGAAUAAUAGCCGGAAUGGUGGCAAGGCACCAGACAGUGGCAAUGACACCAUGCACGAGUCUGGACUGACAAGCCAGGAUGAUCUGGAUGUACAGAUAUCAGAAGAGACAACAUCAGACCUCAAAGCAAGAAACAUGAGGAGAUACAGCACACCAGAAAGGGUUAGGCAUUUGUCCUCUGACCGUCCUCAGUGAAUAUGCUGUAUAAAGAAACAGGGACACCUUUGUUGAAAGAUGAUUCUCUACAAGACACAGAGACCGAUUCUUCAGGAACACCUCUGCUAAAAGUAUAUUGUUAACUACUGAAGACUGUAGAGCAGGAUCAUCUAAAUGGAGGUGCUGAUCGAAAUAGAGUGCCACUCUGAUGUACAUAAUGGGACUCUUGAUGAAGUGCAAUAUUAAACACAGGAUUCAAGUGCCUUUCAAAAGGAUAAGGACACAGCCUUUUGUCUCAUUGUACUGCAAUCCUGCUGCCCAGAUUCUGAUUUACUGUUCGUGCCGAUUGGGGGAACAGGACUGAAAUACAUAAUGUUUGUUGUAUGAACGUUUCAGUGGGAUUUUUAAUGCCAUGCUCACGUGGAUUUUUUUUUUUAUAUAUAGACACUUUAUAGAACUUGCAGAUGGAUCUAUUUUUUCCCAUAUUACUUUCACCUGCUGAAAGAAUAUUUUGACUGUACACUUCAAAAUUGCACAUGAUAGCCUUGUUGGUAGUGAUGCCGCAAGAAAGGAAGUAUGUCUUUAUGCAGGAAAAGGAAAGGCCAGGUUUCUACAUGACCGGACUGUGGAAAGGUCAGAAUGUAGCUUUUGUGCAGUUCUCUUACUGUACAGCCCACCUUCUAAUAUAGGUUUUGGUAUUUCACAAAUAGAGGAAAUGGUAUGUGGAAUAUGUUAAAGUUUUAAUACAAUGUAUUCAGAAAACAUUACAGUGGGUGGAGAAGCAGAAUCAUUAAAUAGAUACUUGUAAUGAA